CAUUCAAUCCUCUUAAUCCAACAAACACAACAUAUAAAACAGUAAACCAUCCGUACAAUCAUACAAAACAGUAGACCAACAAACAACCAACAUGACUUCAGCAUCAUCCAGCAGUGCUCGCUCUCUGUUCGCGGAGUCCAAGCAGCGUCUGGCGGAGCGCGUGCAGGUCAACAUGAACAACAUCGCGUCCCUCGCGCGGCAGAUACAGCGGGGGUCCAAGUCUCAUGAGUUACUAUCAAAAGCGGCCCGAGACACGGCAGCCAUGGAGAACCUCAUGCAGAGCAGUGAAGAAAACCUGAAGAAGAUGCAGCUAAUAUCCGUCCACAUGGGGUACCAGUACGAGAACAUACAGAAGUCUGUUCAGAUGCUGACAGAGAUCAGCGAACAGAUUGAAGCUAUGCAAAGAUGAAUAUGACUUGCGGUUGCAUUGGCAUUUGUGUUUAUUUUAGUGCCUGAUGCCUAAGUAAUUUUUUGUCCAAUGGCAAGAGAAUGAAUAUCUUCGGCUUCAUUGUUGGCAAAAGAAUAGCUGUCUAAGGUAUUUUUUUUUCUCAAUAUUGGGGGUACUCGGUGUAAGAAACAAUAAGUAUAGAGCCAUCGGAUAUUGCAUGCAUUUCUGGCCAGCAUAUUUUGCAAGGGAGUAUGUAUGGUAUAGGGUGUUAGAGUUUGUUUUAAAGUUUCCAAUACUUAUAACUAGAAUAAUCAUCUUCGUGGGAUGAAUAGCAUACUAAAAAUCACACAUAUAAAAUACUUUAUUUAUAGUAACUAUACUGUUUAUUUUGUAAAAUAAAGAAUUUAAAUAUACAUAAA